AAACAAACACACUUGCAUGAAAUAAGGACACAAUGGCUUUGGAUGUGGGGUGUAAAACAGAAGUCAUAUAACUGUGAGAGAUGUGGGAAUGACUUUGUUAGCCGUGCAGCUCUGAGGUAUCAUUUUCAUGCUAAACAUCUUGGGAAGGUUCAUUGUGAAACAUGCAGUGUAGAGAUUUUAUGUGGGGCUCCUUCACAUGAUUCAAAGGCUGAGCAUGAAGUGGUUCUUGUGAACAAUCAAAGGAGUUGCUGGAAUAUGACACUGAGAAGGGAAACAAAAUUUGUCGCCAUGGGAACAGCCACAUCUUGUCGAAUGUGCUGCAAGCAGUUUGGAUCAGUCCAUGCCAGGGAACACCAUGAGAAACAGAAGCACCACUUUACAGCCAAUAAAAGAGCUCAAAUGGCCACUAACUUUAAGCCUGAAAGCUUCUUGGAAUAUACAACACCAAUGGAGAUAAAUACAUUUGUGAAAAAAAACCUCAGACCCAUUUUGGGUCCAGUAAAGCUAGCCUGUACAUCAGAAGUUGAAGGCAUUAUUACAUUUAUCAAAGAAAUUUUUCCAUUGCCAAUAACUUCCAUUAUCAAGGGUGGUUCAUAUGUAAAAGGAACGGACACCCAAGACUUUUCUGAUGUGGACAUAGUUCUUUUUAGCAAAGCUUUUGCCAGUAUAGAAGACUGCCAAAGAACAACUCCAGAGGUCAUAGAAGAGUUAGGAAAUGCCCUGAUAAAAUCCUCAUGGACAAGGAGGUUAGUCAUGCAGAAACACACGAAGUUUUCCUUGAGGUUCUAUUUUAAGUGUUAUAAAAAUCACCAUGGCCACUCAUUUGACAUCAUGCCUUGCUAUGACAUGUUUGCAUCUGUGUUAUCAACAGGUCCAAAAGAGAGUUUUUAUCACAAGCUGUACCUCUGCAAUGAUGAUGAUAAGAUCCAGCUGUAUUCCAUGGCCUUAUUGAAAUACCAAGUUGAAUUUGUCAAAGCAUCAACAGAAACGGUGAAGGACUUCAUACGUUUAAUGAAGCACUGGUUCAAAACUUCAUUUGCUGAACCAACCAAAGAAAAUAAGUUUCGCAGGCUUCCUUCCUCCUAUACAAUUGAACUGAUCACCAUUUACGUCUGGGAACUGGCUGGAAAGCCCAUCUUUUUCAGCUUUGUACAGGGGAUGAGAGCUGUCCUGAAGCUUUUGACUCAGUAUCAAGAGAUAAGCAUCACAUGGCACAGACACUAUAGACCAAAUUUUCCAAUUUUUCAGAAAAUGUUUUUGAAGCAAAGCAGGCCAUUUGUGCUGGAUCCUGUUAACCCAACCUUCAAUGUGGGUGAAAACAGCAAUGCUUGGGAUGAAGUAGCCCAUGUGGCCAGACAGAGUCUCCUCAAGCCCCUCUUCAAUGGCAUAGCAGCAAAGGAGCCUUGGCUUUUUACAAACAACUGGUGAACUCAAGUAGAACUUUAUUACAAUCAGCAAGGACUUCUACUGCUAGGAGAAAACCACCAUAUGAAAAUGAAAUUUACAGAUGAAGAGCCAUGACACAUAUAUAUAUUAUUUUCAAUUUCCUCCCCGUUUCAAGAAUACAGUAGGAGGGCAGCUGGUGAAUCAGAGGAGCUGACAUUAACUGUGACAUUUUUUUCUAUUCCACUCCCCAUAUCCACAAACAUGCACCCAGUUUUUGUUUCUGCAACAUUCCACCCCAUGUUUCUAAGAUAAACAUAGGUUUAGAUUUGGUAAGAUAAGAAAUGUCAAGAGGAGAAAAUUUAGUUUGAAAGCAACUGGCAACAUUGGAUGCAAAUCAAUGGGCCUGACUGCUUAGAGAUUUCAGAAAACUCAUAUUUUAUGUCUAAAAUAAAAUCAGAUGAAAGAAGCCUUAAAAUAAGUUUUUAUGCCCCAGAGAAAUAAACAAUCACAGUAUGUCUCUUUUUUCUGUGGUUUACAUGUAUGCAAAACAUUCAUUUGCUUUAUUUUCUGAGAAGAGUUCAAACACUUUAUUUUACAGAAUUACUGUCCAAAUUCUACAGAUGAGGAUGAUCAAACAGAAUGCAUUAAUGAAAUACACAACAGCCAUUUUUAAUGUGAUGGUUCCUUCAUUUGCCCAUUCUUGUAAUUCUGUAUAGACAAUGGAUCUUACUUUAAUGCUAAAAUAAUUUGCUGUAGCACAAGGAUGACAACUACAGAUGAACAUUAAAAAAACCCACCCUAUUUA